CUGUCUGUCGAGUAAUAUCGAUCGCCAAGGAAACUCCUGCAACCAACCAACCAACAAACCAAUGGCACCAGAUGGAUCGAGGAGUUAGGUUGGUGGCGCUUUGCCAUCCAUAUCUCUCUCUCUCUCUCCCGCGCCGCCAUGGCUGCCUUCGCUUCCUGCCGAAUCCAACUCCCGGCUAACUUAAAGCUCCCCUUCCUUUGCCUUAAAGCCCCCGGCAUUGCACGCCCCUCGAUCUCACCCAAUAUUUUUGCACGUCCUGCUGCUACGUGCUUUGCUUGCUUGCUUGCUGCGGCCGAUCGAGAAUGGAGCUGCUGCCGGCUCACGCCGUGCUCGCGCUGCUCCUCGCCGCCACGCUCUCCCUCGCAGUGGCUUACGACCCGUUGGAUCCCCACGGCAACAUCACCAUAAAAUGGGACAUCAUAUCCUGGACGCCCGACGGAUACGUCGCGGCGGUGACGAUCAACAACUUCCAGGCGUACCGCCAGAUCCCGUCCCCAGGAUGGACGGUGGGAUGGACGUGGGCGAAGCGGGAGGUGAUCUGGUCCAUGGUGGGCGCGCAGGCCACGGAGCAAGGCGACUGCUCGAAAUUCAAGUCCAACCUGCCACAUUCCUGCAAGCGCGACCCGGCCGUGGUGGACCUGCUCCCGGGCGUCCCUUACAACCAGCAGAUCGCCAACUGCUGCCGCGGCGGCGUCGUCUCCGCCUUCGGCCAGGACCCCGCCACCGCCGUCUCGGCUUUCCAGGUCAGCGUCGGCCAGGCCGGCACCACCAACAAGACCGUCAAGGUCCCCAAGAACUUCACCUUCCUCGGUCCCGGCAAUGGCUACACCUGCGGCCCCGCCAAGGUCGUCCCCUCCACCGUCUUCCUCUCACCCGAUCGCCGCCGCAAGACCCAAGCCCUCAUGACGUGGAACGUGACGUGCACGUACUCGCAGCACCUGGCGUCGAGGUACCCGACGUGCUGCGUCUCCUUCUCCUCCUUCUACAACGACACCAUCGUGCCCUGCGCGCGGUGCGCCUGCGGCUGCGGCGUCAAGAGCUGCGUCCGGAGCCCGCGGGACUCGAAGCGGCUCGUGCCGGCGGCGUCGAGCGCGCACGCUCUGGGGCUCCGUCGCGGCGGCAACCGGGAGAGCUUGGCGCCGGUGCUGCAGUGCACGACGCACAUGUGCCCCGUGCGAGUCCACUGGCACGUCAAGCUCAACUACCACGACUACUGGCGCGCCAAGGUGACCGUCACGAACUUCAACUACGCCAUGAACUACACCGGCUGGACGCUCGUCGCCCAGCACCCCAACCUUGACAACAUCACCCAGGUCUUCAGCUUCGACUACAAACCCGUCGUCUCCUACGGCUCCAUCAAUGACACGGCCAUGUUCUACGGGAUGAAGUUCUUCAACGACCAGCUCAUGGAGGCCGGGCCGUACGGGAACGUGCAGUCGGAGGUGCUCAUGCGAAAGGACGCCAGCACCUUCACUUUCAGGCAGGGAUGGGCGUUCCCGAGGAAGAUCUACUUCAACGGCGACGAGUGCCAGAUGCCGCCGCCGGACGACUACCCUUACAUGCCCAACUCCUCCCCGCCGUCUGCCUUGGCGUCGACCGCCAUGAUCGUCGGAUCAGCCGUCGCCGCUUUCUUGGUGCUCCUCAUGGCAUGAUCAAACAAGGGGCAUGAAUUAAGCAGCAGCAGCAGGGAGGCGACGGCCUAGUGCUAGGAAUUGCAGGGAAUUUUUUUUUGCGUGUAGAUAGAGGGAUGUUUUGGGCUUCAAAGUUGAGAUUGGUAUUUUUAAUUUGGACAUAGUUAAAGGCAAGUUUUUUUAAAAAAACUUUAAAUGGAGGAAACACGAGGUUUAUUCUGAAAGAGAUCAGGAUGGAAUUCAAAGACGAUAGAUGACACUUUGCAUCUCACGUUGGCUGAUGAUCAACAUACA